UCCAAUCCUUCAUUCGAGGCAACCAACGCCCUCUGGACGGAGCCGCACACUGUUCUGUGUGCACUGUACAGUAUUAGUCCUCUGCAGCCUUGCGAGCGCAACGCCGGCCCACUGGGCGCGAUAUUAUUGUGCGACAGAUAUCCACUGCGCUCGUAUACUCUCCGCCGGCAGCUGGACGAACCCCUCGCGCAACGAAGCGUCAUUGGUCGUCUCGUACUCAGCUUGGCCGAUCCCGCCAUCUUUAGCCUGCAGGAAAGUCUUGCAAGAACAGUUCAUACAGAUAAAGCUGAGCAGUGCAUAAGGCAAGCGGCGACGCCGUUGGCAAAUAAGAGCUGGUUCAACGUCUACAACAGCAUCAGCCGGGGUUCCUGGCCAAUGGACCAAAAUAGGAUGUUUGGGACACGAAGCAUGGCCCAGCAACAAGGACCGAAGGAUAUCAAAGGCUGA